AUGACUUCCGGUGACGUGGAAUGGACGUUCGGAAUAGUGAGUAAGACUGGGUGUUCCGUAGACGCUACAAACUACCCAUUUGAUGUUCAGAUAUGUACACUGAUCUUCACUCCACGGGGAUACACCAAUACUGAAAUAGCUUUCAAGGUUCAUGAAUCAGGUGUUCGAACAGAUGAAUUCGCUCGUAAUGAAGAAUGGAACAUCACUGAUGCCGAAGUCAGCAUGAAAGUAGUCAAAAGGCAAGCCUUCUUGUCUUAUAAAGUAACUCUCGCACGGAAACCGACAUUUUUCAUGAUAAAUAUGGCGCUACCUAUUUUUCUUUUGGCGAUUCUGAACACGCUUGUGUUUCUGUUACCCGCGGAGACUGGAGAGCGUGUUGGUUACUCCAUUGCUGCCUUUCUCACCUUUGCAGUUUUCCUCAGCUUGAUGAGUGCCAGUUUACCAAAAGCUUCGUUUCCGAUGCCUCUCCUUUCCUACUAUAUGCUCAUAAUGUUACUUCUUAGUUCCACAAUUGCGUUUGUGACAGUGUUCAGCCUAAGAUUCCAUUUCGCCGAAACGUAUUUGCCGGUACCAAAGUAUUUACGGACAAUGAUGAAAAGUACAUCUUGUAAUAGGACCGAACAUUGCUGCUUCCCUAGCCAAAAGGACGAUGUAGAGGGCGCUAUAACAAAUAGAAAACCUGUAGAUAUUGGAGCAACCUCGUGUGGUAAAAAUAGCACUGCUUUGGAAAAAAUCCCGGCUGAAUUCGGAGUCGAUCACAAACCCAAAAAUAGUGUUGAUUGGAAAAUGAUAGGGAAGGCGCUGGACAAGAUAUUUUUCAUUGCAUACUGGAUAAUUUAUAUCUGUGUUUCACUGGUAUUUUACAUCAAAGUGCAGCAAAUCACAAAUUAA